AUGGACCGCCCGAGGCCCGCAAAGACACCCAAAGCUGCUGAGAAGCGAGCCCCUCGAGCGAGAUCAAAAGCCCCGACAGCGAAUGCCCGCCCGCGACGUGGAGCAGUUCCACCGCCAGACGACAAUGAACACGAGUCGAAUGCCGAGGUGGAACUGUCUCAAGAGGAGGAGUUUGCGGACGAGGACGACGAAAUUGAGCAGCUGACCCCCCGGAGGAAUAUGCCAGCCAGGCCACGACAGACCAGGACCCAGAGACAGCCCGCAUCAUCAACCGCUGAUACGGCAGCGAUGACAGCGCCACCGCCAGCCUGGCCUCUUCGCCAGGCCUCUGGUUAUGCUGCAAGCUUCGAUGCGGUACGCUUCGAGCCCCCCCAGAGCGCACCUCAGGGCUCCGAAGCGAGCAGCCGCCGAUCGCGGAGCCCUGUCAAGAGCAUCGGCGACCUGCUUUUCGCAGAGAAGCCGGUAGAGCACGUCCCUCUAGAUCCCAGACAAUUGCCCCCAGACAUGCACCCGCUCCUGACCGAGCUCGGGGACAUCGCGGACAGUCCCAGAGUCAUCCCAUCCAACAUCUUUUCCGAGGUCGUCACUGAAGCCGAAAGCUUGCACUACUUCCAGAGGAUCAAGGAGGAGCACAUGUGUUUGGCGGAUGUAACCCAGGACACGAAAACUGCUCUGCGAGAGUUGCAAAGUCUCUGUGCCAUCGUCCGGGAAUCGAAGCGCGCAGCGACUGGAAGCUACUCGGAAGCCCACUGGAAUGGCCGCGUGCAUUCUCCAAUGCUGGUCACGGCGAUCGAAGCAGAUCAGCAGGCUGACGACAUGGCCAUCCAGGUGUUUGAUACAACGACUGCCCGCAUUGUGCCAGCCUGUAUCCCGCGCCACACAAAUGGUGCAAAUAUCCAAGCCAAAAUGGUUGACUUUUGCAUGGUUUUAUCCUCGCCUGUCUUCAAGGAUAUAGCCCGAACCGCCGCAGCCCCGCAAGUGGAGAAGCCUCCGAAGGGGCGUGGCAAACGCAAGCCUGCCCAGGGCUCAGCCAGUUCCAGCGCAGCAACAUCGUCCAUCUCCGGCGUCGACUCCGUCUCGGAGGCAGGCUCUGGUGUCGGCGGCGGCGACAGCGCCGCCACCAAGGAAGUCAAGUUGCCCGAAACCAUCAGCCAUUCCGAGUACUACCCGCUCCGCCUCAAACCCAUUGCUGUGAGCAUCGAGACAAAGCAACCCGACACCUCCGGCAACAAGGCCAAGGCUCAGCUCUCGGUGUGGCUCAUGGCACACCUGCUGCGUCUGCACCAACUGACUGGCACUGCUACGCCCGUCCCUCUAACCUUUCCCCUGAUCUCUAUUAUCGGGCCGCAGUGGCAGUUCUCCUUUGCCGUCGAAAGAGAGAACGACAUCGUCGUCUUUGAGUUUAUUCGUGUAGAAGGCACGGGGUCGUUGCAUGGAUGCUAUAGGAUUCUGGCCCUACUCAGAGUCUUGCGGCGUUGGUGUAUAGAAGAGUUCCAGCCGAGGUUGAUGCAGCUACUCGGUUCAUAG